CGUGGACGACCGUAAAGACGAUGUGCGAAUUGAGGAUAACCCCUGUAUAAACUGAGGAUCGCGGACCACCGCAACGAUAGGGUCCAAUAAGUUAACUAAAACUCAUAAAAAUGUACACCGGAGGGAAAUACGUGCUGGCUCCCGAUUUCGAGUCAGAAGGACCAGCUAGUGAAUUCUUCGAAAACCUUGACGUAGACAACAUUUCACCUAGCUGCACUAUUGUGGGUGGCUCAUCGCCACGCGAGACCAACGCCGCAAACGAAAGAGAAACGAUGCCCCACGCCGAUCACGAAUUCCACAAAAGGAUUAAUCGUUUUGGAGAAGAGUUACGUGCGUUGGAAAAAGCUUUCAACUCGAUAAAUCACCAAAACCCGUUGCACGUUUCCCCUAGCGAUGUUGAACGCAGUUGGAAUGUCGCCAAUAAUUCAACUAAAGGUACCAACAUCAUCCGUUGGGAGAGUAUCCAACCGUUCCCAAACGAUGUCCCCGCAAACAAAAUGUGGGAACAGUGGAUACGAUUCAUCGAUCGUUUUGAAAUUGCGGCGUCCCUCUACAACGCUAAUGAUUCGGUUCAACGAUCUCAACUCCUGUUCCUCGCAAUGGGGGAAAAACUUCAAGAAAUAGUUAGGGCGGCCAGACUUCGCCCAAACCUCCUUGAACCGAAUUGCUACCGCAUAUUCAUCAGAAAUAUCGAAGAUUACUUACGAUCGAUGAUUGACAUCACGGCGGAACAUGAGUCAUUCUCUACAAUGAGACAGGAACGAGAUGAACCAACGAUGACCUUUCACGCUCGACUCAUGGAGAAAGUUCGCCUCUGUGGGUACAGCAGCGGCGACCAGGACCGCUUCGUACGGACGCAAUUGUUGAAAGGGAUGCGAAGUAGAACACUGGCGAAGGAAUCAAGGAUUCAUGAGUACAGCUCCACUAAGAUAGUACAGUUGGCCACCCGUGAAGAAGCUUUACCUUCAGAAGCUACUCCCACCGAAACACAACAGGCUUUCGCAGUAGAUCGUAGAUCUCAGCGGACGCCCAAUGAAAGUGGUGCCAUGAAGCGUGACCGAAGCUUUACACGAGAUACAUUCAACGCCAAGAAAAAACGUCAUGGUAAUGAAGCAAACUACAAACAGGGUCGUAGAUCAAGAUGUCCACAAUGUAAUCAUCUGUUUCAUAAAUAUGGCAAAUGUCCUGCGGAAGAUAAGGACUGCAAAAAAUGCGGGAGGCUAGGUCAUUUUGCAGCCACAUGUCAUCAAAAGAAAAGACACGCCAACAACAUUCAUGUCAAAACUCCAGGAUGGAGCGAUUCAGAAGAUGAGAAGAAGGUAACUACUACUGAAUAA